AUGACUGAGGGGUCAAGUCAGGACAACUCUCAAGGCCAGGUGGGCGAAUAUGUGCUGGAUCAUGAAAUUGGAAAAGGAUCUUUCGCACUAGUGUAUCGAGCGCACCAUAUUUCCAAACCAGAGCAACUUGUGGCUGUCAAGUCUGUGGUUCGACAGAAGCUCUCGCCCAAGCUGCUGGAAAACCUUGAGGGCGAAAUCUCUAUUCUCAAGUCUAUGCGCCACACAAACAUUGUUGAUUUACGCGAUUGCAUUUACACAGAUGAGCAUAUUCAUCUAAUGAUGGAAUAUUGUCCAGGCGGCGACUUGUCGCAAUACAUUCGCAUGCACGGCAACGUGGCACCCUGGGAUGGCGAUGCAGGUGCAAACCCACUCGCAGCGGCUCAGCGCUCCAAGUUCCCACAUCCCGAGUACGGUGGGCUCAAUGAACAAAUGGUUCGCUCGUUUCUCGCGCAGCUUGUGUCUGCGGUGCGUUUUCUUCGAAGUAAGGAUAUUGUGCAUCGCGAUAUAAAGCCACAAAAUUUGCUCCUUCAAAUUCCUGACGAUGAAUGUCUUGCGUCUGGACAUCCUCCUGAGAUUCCGCUCAUCAAAGUCGCUGACUUUGGAUUCGCCCGCUCACUUCCUGCCGCGUCUCUCGCCAAGACCCUCUGUGGCUCGCCGCUCUACAUGGCACCAGAAAUUCUCCGGUACGAAAAAUACGAUGCUAAGGCAGACUUGUGGUCCGUCGGAGCCGUCCUCUACGAAAUGUGCGUCGGUCGUCCGCCGUUUCGUGCAUCAAAUCACGUUGAAUUACUCCGCCGUAUCGAGCAUGGAAACGAUCGGAUCAAGUUUCCUGACGAGCGUUCUGAGCAAUCCCUCGCGAAAGAUGCGAUGCGGCGCAAGCUACAUGGCGAUCCACCGCGCCCAAACCCACCCGAAAUCGCCUCUGACAUCAAAAUGUUGAUCCGCAAACUGCUCAAGCGCCACCCUGUGGAGCGCAUGAGUUUCGACGAGCUUUUUACUGACAGUGUCGUUACGCAAGUUCCCUACACGGGCCGUGCCAUCAUAAAGGACGAGCUGGCCGCCUCUGUGCACCUUGCGCAAAUACCGCCAGAUAUUUUAUCACCUCCAAAACCGAAGCCGCAUCUCGGCGUAUCAGUUACGCACGUCGAAAUCAAAAACCCACAAUUCCGGGCUAAAACUGACGCCCCACGCGUCCCGUCCAUGGCGAUUGGAUUCAAUGCCCCCUCGAUAUCAGAGUCCAAGGAAGAGGUUUGGUCUGCCAAACCCUCGACACAGCCCAGUGGUCUGUCGCGCGCUAUUCAUUUGGCAGAUCAAGGCAAGAAUGCGUCAGCACCAGUGCCAGUGCUUUUGAAUGAUCCACAUGUACAGGUCUCUUUCUCGCCAAUCAAUCAUCGUGCAUCGACCUCACAGAUGCCAGCAUGGGGCAAGCCCAUGUCCGCGCCGCCUCAAAUGAGUCAAAAUACGCGUUUAGCCCAGGUCUCCUCGGACGAAGCGCUUGAGAGUUUGUUGGAGACUCUUGCGAAAAAAGCGUACGUGCUCAUGGAGUUUGCCGAUAUGCGCGACUCGGAGCUUGGCUCAGCUCAACCAACAAACAUGCAGGGAUUUUCUCCUGCCGAAUACAGUCCCAACUCUGCUGGCACUUAUAUGCAAGAAGUUGCUGGUACUGAGGUGUUUGCUCUGUAUGUACGGGCGCUCGGGUUUUUGCAGCGUGGACUAGAAGCUGCGAACUCGUUUGCCGAGCAAACAACGUUGAAGCCAUCGGAGCAGCUUCGUGAGUUGACGCAGUGGUUCCGUACGCGCUUUGACGAAUGCUAUGAAAAGUCCCUACAAGCGCGUUCGCGCUGUCGACCGAAUGUGAUCCCGGAUACAGCACAACAUAUUGAUCGUCAGAUUUUCGACAAGGCAUUGGAGCUCGCGCGACUCGCAGCCUUGGAGGAGCUGGAGGAAAAUAAAAAUGGCAUAGGCACGUGGGAUCCAACACAUUGCCUCAUGGCGUACGAGACAGCAGCAUCGCUGUUGCAGGGUCUUUUGGAUCCCAGUGAAGACCGCAUGAGUCUUUCUGUUCAUUCCACAUCGACUGUGGAAAAGUUCCUCAAGAGUAUUACAAAGCGCCUCAGUGUGUUGCAUGACGCUGACACUGCAGACACAGUGUCAUCCUCCGUUUCAUAG